CAAGGAAGUGUUGUGUCAAACAGAAACAGGGCCGAGUCUUGUCUCGUCUCCGGAGAGGACUCGUUAACAACAUUUCACGCUCUUGUAGGACACGGAGCUGAGGACAGAGACGGACAGCGGCAGUAGUUUAUCACUAAUUUAUGAAAAUGGCUUUAAAGCGUUCGUGCCCGCUGCUCUUAUUAAACUGUCUCCUUAUCUGCGUCACUUUGUGGAGCAACCUGAGCAACGGGGUGGUUGCCAAAUCAUCCCGGAGACCCAACAUUGUUCUGAUCCUCACCGACGACUUGGACAUCGCUAUCGGGGGUCUGAAACCACUCACCAAGACAAAAAAACUCAUCGGUGAUGCAGGGAUAUCGUUCACAAACGCAUUUGUGGCCAGCCCGCUGUGCUGCCCCAGCCGAGCCAGCAUCCUGACGGGGAAAUACCCCCACAACCACCACGUCAUCAACAACACGUUAGAGGGAAACUGCAGCAGCAAAGCUUGGCAGAAGAGCGAGGAGGCCCACACCUUCCCCGCACUGCUGAAGACGUACGCCGGCUACCAGACCUUCUUCGCUGGGAAAUAUCUCAACCAGUAUGGGCACUCAGAGGCUGGUGGAGUGGAGCAUGUUCCUCCAGGCUGGAACUACUGGGUCGGACUGGAGAAGAACUCUAAAUACUACAACUACACUCUGUCAGUGAACGGGAAGCCGGAGACACAUGGAGCCGACUACAGCAAAGACUACCUGACAGACGUCCUGGCCAACAGGUCUCUGGACUUCCUCCAGUAUAAAUCAAACUACCAGCCGUUCUUCAUGAUGGUGUCCAUCCCGGCCCCCCACUCCCCGUGGACCGCAGCCCCUCAGUACCAGAACAGUUUCAACACCACCAAGGCUCCCAGAGACCCAAACUUCAACGUACACGGGAAGGACAAACACUGGCUGAUCAGACAGGCUAAAACCCCCAUGACCAACUCCUCUGUUCAGUUUCUGGAUGAUGCCUUCAGGAAACGGUGGCAAACUUUGCUGUCGGUGGACGACCUGGUGGAGAAAAUAGUGAAGAGGUUGGAGGUCAGAGUUGAACUGGACAACACGUACAUCUUCUUUACCUCUGACAACGGCUAUCACACAGGUCAGUUCUCUCUUCCUCUGGAUAAGAGGCAGCUCUACGAGUUCGAUAUCAAAGUCCCUCUCAUGGUCAGAGGACCAAAUAUCAAGCCCAACCAGACCAGCCAGAUGCUGGUGGCGAACGUCGACCUCGGUCCAACCAUCCUCGACAUCGCUGGCUACAACGUCAACAAGACGCAGAUGGACGGCAUGUCCUUCCUGCCCAUCAUGGAGGGGAAGAUGAACAGCAGCAGCUGGAGAACAGACAUCCUGGUGGAGUAUGAAGGAGAAGGAAGCAACGUGACCGACCCCUCGUGUCCUCUGCUUGGACCUGGAGUGUCGGAGUGUUUCCCAGACUGUGUGUGUGAGGACUCGUACAACAACACUUACGCGUGUGUGCGCACAGUCGCCCCCUCUGCCAACCUGCAGUACUGCGAGUUUGAUGAUAAUGAGGUGUUUGUUGAAGUCUACAACGUGACAGCAGACCCUUACCAACUGACCAAUAUCGCAAAGACCAUCGACCAGGAAGUCCUGGAGAAGAUGAACCACCGGCUGAUGAUGCUGCAGUCCUGCUCAGGACAGUCGUGUCGGACUCCCGGCGUGUACGAUACAAGGUAUAAAUUUGACCCCCGACAGAUGUUUACGGACCACAGCUGGCGGCUCAGCAGACUCAGACAGAAGAUGAAGUAAGAAGGACGGAGGGAUGAGAUGGAGGAAGAAGGGCUGUAAUGGAAAUUGUACUCAGCCUUUCCUGCUGUUGUUGCCUUGUUGUCAGGCCUCCUGAGCCAGUCUCUGUGUAGCUGGAUGGAGAAGGGAUCAGGUGGGGGGUGGGGGGGUGGGAAAGGUAUCACAUUUUGGGUGGGUUUCCAUAGAGACUGGAGGCCUCUCUGGGUGCAGGACCCACAUUUAAAACUCCACACUGGGCUGCUGUUUAGUGAAUUUGUCAGUAGGUGUGCAGGGGUGGAUUUUACUCUCACAAGCCAUUAAUUCCUGUUUUCUUGUAAAGUGUUAUUUUGUGUUUGCACAGUUAAUUUAAAGUCCUGAAAACUAGUGACAAACAUCAAACACAGUUCUUAUACAUUCAUGUUUGUUAUGUCUGUUACUCUUGUCGUGUGAUAAUGACACGAACAUCAAGAUCAAAAGGUCAAAGCUGAACAAAAGGUGAACUCUGACCCGUGGGCGGAUGAUUGAGCGAGUACUUGUAGGACAGACGUGUGAUGUGAUCCUACCUUAGAGAAUAAGUAAGAGAACUGGGUUAUAGAGCAAGAAAAGAGUGCCACCUACAGGUAAAUUCACAAACAGGCAGUCCAACAGGAAACACAUCUCACAGACAUGAGUGCCUACUGACAGAGACGGAGAUCAAGGCCGACAUACAUUCACCCCCCCCCAUUCACUGUUACUUCCACAGUUAACUUCAUAUUAAUGGACUGAAUGACUGAAUAGUUCUUACACACUGAAAGUAGCCAACAUGUGGUUUGAUGGUGGUUUUAAAAGGUAAACUUAAUGCCAAUUUGGACCCAGCGUGUACGAUACAAAAUGUUUUUGUCACAAUAAAUCAAAUGAGUUGAAACUAUGGAAGCCCAUUCACACCAAUUUGAUAAAAGAAAAAGGUUCUGCAAGUCAUGAUAAUGAUAAUUUUUCAUUGAAAUAACGACUUAGUAACUCAAAUAAUGACCAAGUCUGGCAAAGUAAUGAGACUUUGUGUCAAAAUAAUGAUGAGUUAAUGUCUCAAGUGACUUAGUACUUCAAAAUGAUCAGAAACUUUCUCAAAAUAAUGACUUAUCUCAAGUAAAUGACUUAGUAUCAAAAUAAUGAACCAAUAUCGCAAAAUAGUGACUUAGUAUCUCAAAAAUAUUUUCUCAAAAUUGAGUUAGUAUCUGAAAAUGAGUUAGUGUUUCAAAAUAAUGAGAAACUUUCUGAAAAUAAUUACUUAACAUCUCAAAAUAAUAAAUUAGUGUAUCAAAUGAAUGACUUAGUAUCUUAAAAUAAUGACUUAGUAUCUCAAAAUAAUGACUUAGUAUCUCAAAAUCAUGACUUAGUAUCUAAAAUUAAUGACUUAGUAUCUCAAAUUAAUGACUUAGUAUCUCAAAAUCAUGACUUGGUAUCUGAAAUUAAUGACUUAGUGUCCGAAAAUAAUGACAUAGUAUCUCAAAAUGACUUAGUAUCUUAAAAUAAUGACUUAGUAUCUCAAAAUCAUGACUUAGUAUCUGACAUUAAUGACUUAGUGUCCGAAAAUAAUGACAUGGUAUCUCAAAAUGACUUAGUGUCCAAAAAUAAUGACUUAGUAUCUCAAAAUGACUUAGUAUCUGAAAUUAGUGACUUAUUAUCUGAAAAUAAUGACUUAGUAUCUAAAAUUAAUGACUUAGUAUCUGAAAAUAAUGACUUAGUAUCUCAAAAUAAUGACUUAGUAUCUAAAAUUAAUGACUUAGUAUCUGAAAAUAAUGACUUAGUAUCUCAAAAUGACUUAGUAUCUGAAAAUAAUGACUUAGUAUCUAAAAUUAAUGACUUAGUAUCUCUAAAUAAUGACUUAGUAUCUAAAAUUAAUGACUUAGUAUCUGAAAAUAAUGACUUAGUAUCUAAAAUUAAUGACUUAGUAUCUCUAAAUAAUGACUAAGUAGUUCAAAUUAAUAAAUUAGUAUCUCAAAAUUAGAAUUUUUCUCAAAAUGUGUUCUUUCAAAAUAAUGACUUUUUAUUCUGAAUUGAUGACUUAGUAUCUUAAAAAUGAGAAUUCCUUAAAAAAAGGGGAAACAAGUCUAAGACUAAUGACACAUUAAUUUGAGAUACUAUGUAACUUUUUAGAGAUAAUGAGAGUUUGUCAUUAUUUUGCGACAAGUUAUUAUUUUUCAAUGUUAAGUAAUUACCUUGCAAUACUAAGUUAUUAUUUUGAGAUAUUGGUUGUUAUUCAAGAAAGUCUUUCAUUGUAAUGAGUCACAGGAUUUUGUCUUUUUCAUUAUCUUGGCACAAAUGUGCUUCCAUAAGAAUCACACAACUUAAUAUUUAAUAAAUAGAAACAGGAAUUAUAGAAUUAAAAGUAAUCAGAUCCUCAGCAAUCAGCGACAAGAACAGGUCUCAUUCAAAUGUAUGAGGGAACAUUAUAGUAAAAAGCAACUUUUGUAAAUAAAGUCAGGAAAUGUUUAACAAUUGUCAGCAGCAUCAGAGAAAGCCUCCAUUUAAGUUUAAAUUACACAUUAAAGAUUUAAAGCCUCAUUAUUACUGACAGUUUAAGUGUCUCCUACACAUCAAACCUACGUUAUUUCAGUGAUUCAUCUCUCCUGUGAGCAGUGUUAAAGCACCUUUCAUCCACAAGUUUCACAUUAAUCAGCACUUUGUCUUUUCUAUUUUAUCGUGUGUUGGACAUUUCAUACUGUGUUAAAUGGUCACAAAAAACAGUGGUUGGCUACAGAGAUUAACUUCCUAAUGGACAGGAGGGAGCAGUAAUUUUAGAAAGAUAGAAGAUACAUCUUGCCAAAAAAAUAAAAGUUAUUAUUUCCAUCUUCAGGGUUUCAGUCAGAGUUUUAAAUUUUUUUUUUUGUUGUUGUUUGUUUAGUUUUAUUUAUGUUUCUAACAAGAAUUCACAUUUUGUAUUUGGGAAUGUGAGAAAUGAAAUGUGAGAACUCCAGAUGGCCAAACCAAAAUAAAAACAACUAUAUUUGAUAUGUUUUUUAAAGCGACCUCCUUCAAACUUUAAGGGAUAACGUUUUGGUUUAUUUUUGCCAUAAACUACAUAUAGACAAAAAAAUCUAAACACUUUCUUGAGUCCUUCUGUCACAGAAAUCUGCUGGGAUUUUAGAUUUCUAAAUGAUCGAUAUAUUUCAAUAUUUUAAAUUUCAAAUCAAAGCUGCCUAUAGCCGCUAUUUUUGUGACGAUAGAUUAAUUUUAAAUUUAAGAUCAAAUCUGUGCAGAUUAACAUCCAACCAAAGAUCUGAUCACGGGACUUUUGAGGGAACGUGUUAAACAGCAUUUAGAAAGUCUCGUCACGUCUGCAUGACAUUUGUGUAUUUGUGUGUGUGUGUGUGUGUGUGUGUUACUUCUGAUUGUGAAUUAUUUUCUCACUGACAAGCGAAGCCGACAGACAUGCUGUUUAAUUGUGAAUCAAUGACUCUCCAUUUUGUUCCACUGCUACUGUGGCGUUGUAAUAAUUCAUUCACGCAGCUCUUUCUUCCUCUGUGGUUUCAGAUUCACAUCUGGACUGAAUUAAUGUGACAACACUGAGAUCAACAUGUGAUUAUAUUUCCUCUUGUUUCAAUUCACUGAUGCACUUUCCAAUCUGUCAGAACUGUUUUUAUUUGGAAACAACCCUUAGUUUUAUUUUUAAUUUUAGAGUAGUUUUUGAUGAUUAUGUAUUUUUGGCUUGUGUUUUUGUCCAAAUAAAGAGAUUCUCAAAAUAUCACAGAA